AGUUGGUCUUCUCUUUAUGGUCUGAAUAAGACGGUUUAAGGUAAGCCCUGAUCAAUCGGGCUAUAAGGUGAUUAGCCAUUAUAUCUUACACUGAGAAAAGGGACAGGUACUUCUCAAACCGGCAGACGAUAAGAAAAACCGCGUGCCACGUCGAGCCAAUCAACAGCUGACAUAGAAGCAACACGUUUUGAUUGUCUGCCAAGCCUAAACUUGUAUAUUGGAGGUGUUUAGUAGAGCAACGUUUGACGGGACAUCAGCACAGGCCAAAACUUACCGCCAUCAUUUGACAAGAAAUCCUAGCAGAUGGACACAGAAUCGAAGAUAAAGGUUGAGCCGUUAAGUCCAGGGACAUUCCGAACAAAUAGAGAAAACGGUUUUACUUUGCCACCAGAUGGAGUUACUGACGUAGACCAACUAGAAUUCAGUAGAUCGUACGGUUACAGUAAUGGAGACGGUGGUAAUUCUAUGACGUAUCAGAACGUAUCAAUGCCGGUCUUUCCCAAUAUGCCGUAUGCUUCAUCGUACUCUUACAUGAGCAAAACACGCGAGGAGACCAAAGUAGAAAUUCAAAAUCACUAUGAAAAUGAUGAAACCAUAGAAAUGAACUCAAACACGAAUUUCUCACAUAAACCACCCCUAGUGGGUAAGAAAUCCCACCUGCCUAAGCGCUACAAAUGCGCAAUGUGCGCAUACCGAACUCGCUAUAAAUCGGAUCUAAACAGGCAUGUUCGUAAACAUGCUAUCGCCACAUUUAGUUGCGACAUUUGUAACAUGCCUUUUAAAACUAUCGGAAAUGUUGAGUUUCAUAAACGAAAGGAGCAUGUUCACUUGGUAGAAGAACAGCCACCCAAAGAAGCGAUGAAGCACUCCUGCAAAAUGUGUACGUACGCCACUAUGUAUAGUUCGGACCUGACUCGUCACGUCCGCAAACACUACAUUGCCAAGUUUCACUGCACACUGUGCAACAAACCGUUCAUGACAUCAGGGAGUCUAGUACACCACAAAAGAUCCGCGCACGGCGUCCAGGAUGUAGAGGUUGUCAUGGGACUGGAAGGGGUGGAAUCCGUAAAGCAAACUGGUGGAGAAAUUCACAGCGAUCCCGAAAUGAAUGAUCAGAAACAAUCGGACAUAAACGGCAACGUAAACAACGUUGAAUUUGAGGAUCCUAAAGAAGACCACCAGGGCAGUGGAGCAGGAGAGAAGAAUUUUUAUAUUGAGAACAACGAAUGUGAAGAAGACUGCGAUUCCGAGCCACAAGGAGGGUACAACUACGAAGAUCCUGAUCUGGAGCCGUCCGAAAUUAUGCCGAUUGAUAGUGACAGUAAUGUUAUGAGCAAAACAGAAGACCUGUCGAAAAUUGGCCCAGAAGGUACUAAGCAUACUUGUCCAUAUUGUGAAAAAUCCUUUGGUCGAAAACUUGUCUUGGAAUAUCAUCUGAAAAAUGUCCACAAGAUAUACGGGAGAAAUGGGGAGAUCGGUGAUUACGUGGAGGACCCAGAUGACUACGACCUGGCCUUAGAUAUGUCUAUACAGGAACUAGAAAAUUCGACUUCUCCCGACCUAUCCUCCAAAACCGCUAACAACAGUAAUGCGACCUUCCGCCAUAAAUGUCCAUUCUGCGCAUAUGCUACGAAUUACAAAAGUACAUACGAUCGGCAUGUGAGAAAGCAUGAACUUGCAUGUCAUAUCUGCAAUGUCUGUAGAAUGCCAUUCAUCACGUUUGGUCACUUGCAACGCCAUAUUAGAGAUAACCAUCCGGACCAUAACCAACAGAUAUCCGAAAAAGAAAUAACUGUUGAAAAGCAUAAAUGUGCUUACUGCAAUUUUGAAGCAGAGAGUCUUGCACAAUUGCGAAUGCACACCAACUCUGUUCAUAACCGCCAGAUAAUGCAAGAAAUUCAGAGACCUCCAACUAAUAGUGGGUCCAGGGUAUUAUCUCCAGGAAAGACUCUUGAAGAAAAAGACGAGGCAAGAGAGUGCAAAGCUGACCACGUGACCAGUUUCUCACACCAUGACGCUCACGCGAGCCCAGCAGAAGAUGGCGUGUCCACGCAUGCUCCAAGUACCGGGCGGUACGCCAAGCUUGUAUCGGACUUCGACGAUUUUGCUCAGAGGCCAUAUGCGUGUUCUCUGUGCUUUUACAGAACAGUCGAUGUUGCAGAUCUUGUUAGGCAUGCAGAGAAUCACUUAACUGGGUGCAAUCAGACACCUGUACCGGAAACAGCUCGCUUCGCCAUGGAAACGCUAAACAGAUCACGCGCUGCACUGGCCAUGAAUGCAGGUCCAAGCGCACCCUUGACUUCAACUCACAACAAUAAAAGCUUUGAUGCAACACAAGAGCAGAUGGGCGACUCUAUUCGUAUAAAAAGUGAACCUCAUGUAGUUCAGACAAGGAAACGACCCCAGGUAACUACUGGACAAAUUAUGUCACGUGCUCAGCAACGGAAACAAUUCGCAUUCCUAAAAAACAGAGAGACCCCUUCUGUUGAUCGCAUUAUUCCGACAUUUUCAGUGCAUUAUCGAAAAGACAAAACUAAUGUUGCUCGACCUUAUUUGUGCCUUCUCUGUAGAAAGCGCUUCCGACACUUGACAAUCCUAAAGCAGCAUUUCAUGCAAACCCACAACGAAUCAGUUCCUCUGAACAAGACGUUUGAUUGCAAGCAAUGUUCACGACAAUUUAGUAAUCCAAUGGCGCUUCAAGAACACUAUGAGCAAAAGCAUUGAUUAUACAAUGUGUGGCCAGGGAUUUUCUUUCUUUUUUAUGGGAUCGGGGGCUUAGUCGGUUCAUUACAUUCCAUAUGUCUUUAUUCUAAUUUUAUUUUUUAUUGUUCUGUACUUCCAUACUACAAUUGAUUUGCCUGUAUUAUUUUUUAAUCACAUUUUAUACAGUGUACCCUGUGAUAUACACUUCCAAAAAUAAAUUCCAGUGGAACUAUA